CAGCAUUGCGAAUAUGGAUACAGAUCUAAGAUUCGGACAAUCGGUCUCACCUAACAAUGCAUGAGUGCGUCCCUUAUGCACCGAUUCCUCGUCGUUCUGUUCUGCCUCCCUCCGUCUCUCUUUCUUGGCGGGUCGUGCUGAAGUGCGGGAAAAGCAUCAGAGCGUCUGUGCGGGAGACAGCCGGAGGAGCCCUCGUCCUCUUCCAAUGGAGGGGAAGACGAAGCAUUCCUUGACCUUCUCAUGGCUGAACGCCCUCACCACGGAGCCGUUUUACCUCCUUCAUUUCCUCCUUUUCUUCUCUUACUUGGCUUUUCGACAAUCCGCUUCUCCCUCUCUGUCGCCGGACUUCUCGAGUCGUCUCCUUCGCAGGGAAGUUCAGGCGGUCUUAGCGUUUUUUGUCUUUGUCGCGGUGAAGUUAGUUCGAGAUGAAACUUGGGAAGCCUUCACAGAUAAUAUUCUUCUUUUUGCUAAGGUUCUUCUUGUCGGACUAGCUUCAUUAUUGGAUUAUCACGUGGCCUUCUGUUAUUUGGCAGGAUUCUUAGUUAUCACCAUUCUCACGCAACAACCAAAUCAUCAAGAAUCAGGUCAUUCACAUCAUUUGACUCCAUUGCAGUUGGAAUCAGUCCUAGCUGAAGCCAACACCUCAAGGUUCUGGCUGGUGACAUUUUCUUGUCCUUGGUCAUCAAGAUGCAGACAUGCGAGUCAGUCCUUUGCCGAUCUGUCAACCAUAUAUUCAAAUCAAAGUCUUUCUUUUGGGGUGGUAGACCUGGGGCUGUUCCCAACUGCUGCAGAUAUAUUUUCAAUCCCUUUGGGAGUGGGCACUGGCCAGCUUCCUACAUACAUAUUAUUUGAUAAUGCAGUUGAAAUUGCUCGCUUCCCAGAUCUGGAGAAUGAGUAUAGGUUCUUCUCACCAGUAAUUACUAAGCGGCAGUUAUGCAAACAUUUUGAUCUUGAUCGCCGUCUUGUUGAAUAUGCAUCCAGCAAAUAGCUGUUUAAGCAGGCUGUCCAAUCCAUUCUCCCUCACUCUCUCUUCGAAUUUCUGUUCAAUCAUUUUUGUCUUUUGUUGUGGUGGUUGUAUAAUGAGAUGUAGAAGGAAAAGGGAAUUUCAGCACUAUCUGCUCGUAACUGUGAUUUGUUUAAUGCCUUUGUUCAUCCUCCUGUGCUCAAGGCAGAGAAGCAUUGGAAACUCUUAAAUCCUUGUUGCUUAUGAAGUUAAUUCUUUCUGACA